AUGACCACUACCACCCCUACCCUUGAGCAUGUUCUCGUCCCCGAGACCCUUUUGAAGAAGAGAAAGACCCAGGAUAAGGCAACCACUGAAAAGCGUGUUGCCGAUGCCGCUGCCCGCAAGGCCCGCAAGGCUCAGCGCAAGGUGAUCUUCAAGCGUGCUGACCAGUACGUCCGCGAGUACCGCGCCAAGGAGCGCGACGAGAUCCGUCUCCGUCGCCAGGCCAAGGCUGCUGGUUCGUUCUACGUCCCUGCUCAGCCCAAGCUCGCCUUCGUCAUCCGCAUCAAGGGUAUCAACCACAUUGCCCCAAAGCCCCGCAAGGUUCUCCAGUUGUUGCGUCUCCUCCAGAUCAACAACGGUGUCUUUGUCCGCUUGACCAAGGCUACCACCCAGAUGCUCCAGUUGAUCAACCCCUAUGUCGCUUACGGUGAGCCCAACCUCAAGUCUGUCCGUGAGCUGAUUUACAAGCGUGGAUAUGGCAAGGUCAACAAGCAGCGCAUCCCCUUGACCGACAACUCAAUCAUUGAGAAGUCCCUUGGCAAGUUUGGCAUUGUCUGCAUGGAGGAUUUGAUCCACGAGAUCUACACUGUCGGUCCCAACUUCAAGCAGGCCUCCAACUUCUUGUGGCCCUUCAAGUUGUCGAACGCCACUGGUGGUUACUCUGCCAAGAAGGCCUUGCACUUCAUCCAGGGUGGUGACUCUGGUGACCGCGAGCUCAAGAUCAACAACUUGAUCCGUCAGAUGAACUAA